AUGGCAAAGCUCUUGAAACAUACUAAUUGUUUUGCCAUGGUUACUGAUACAAUUUGUGUUUUACAGGACCGUUUCACGAGGACCCUGAUUGGAGCCGGUGAAGAGCGAGAUGGGGUCUACUACUUUACGGAUAUAGUCUCAGCAAAGAGCAACAAGGCAGUGUUUGGUUCAGAUCAAGCUUUGUGGCAUCGGCGUUUGGGGCAUCCGUCGUUUUCUGUGCUUUCGUCUUUAGAUUUGUUUUCCAAGUUGUCUAGUUCAGCUAGCUCUAGUCCUUGUGACGUGUGUUUUAGAGCAAAGCAAACUCGUGAGGUGUUUUUUGAUAGUUUGAAUAAAACAACAGAGUGUUUCUCUUUAAUUCAUGUUGAUGUUUGGGGACCUUAUCGAGUUCCGUCUUCAAGUGGUGCGGUUUAUUUUUUAACGAUCGUUGAUGAUUUUUCAAGAGCAGUUUGGACAUAUCUACUUCUUGAGAAAUCGGAGGUGAAGAGAGUUCUUCCCGAGUUUCUUGCAUAUACUGAAAAACAAUUCAACAAAUUAGUCCGGUCGGUUCGGAGUGAUAACGGGACCGAGUUCAUGGUCUUAUCUUCCUUUUUCCGUGAAAAAGGAAUCAUUCAUCAAACCUCAUGUAUGGCGACUCCACAGCAGAAUGGAAGAGUAGAGCGCAAGCAUUGCCACAUUCUUAAUGUUGCUCGGUCUUUGUUGUUUCAAGCACAUCUCCCUGUUAAGUUUUGGGGUGAAGCCAUUCUCACUGCUGCGUAUUUGAUAAAUCGCACUCCUACUGCCAUACAUAAUGGGCGAACUCCGUUUGAGAUUCUCCAUGGCGUGAAACCAGAUUACAAUCAGUUGAAAGUAUUCGGUUCUGCUUGUUAUACACAUCGCGCUUCCCGGGAUAAGGAUAAGUUUGGGGAACGUAGUCGUUUAUGUGUUUUUGUGGGCUAUCCUUUUGGUAUAAAGGCUCGGAAGGUCUAUGACAUCAAUAAGAAUGAGUUUGUUAUUUCGCAUGAUGUUGUGUUUCGCGAGGAUGUUUUUCCAUACGCUGAACCAGAGAUUGUACCAUCUCCUCCUUCUCCGAAUGUUGCGUGUGAUGAGGAUUGGAUGAUUGUGCCGGAAGACAGGGGGAGCGAUGCUCAGACCACAUCGUCUCCUGAUCAAGCGGAAGAAUGUAUUUCUGUCACGAAGAAACAAAACUUGCCCGUUCCGGCAAAUGACUUGGUUAGUCAUGUGGUCUCUCCUACCGCGAGCGAUGUUUUUCCAGAGUUGUCAAGUGAUGAUGAUGAUACAUUAUCUCCAGUUUCCACGCCUCCAGCAGAAGAUUUGGGUCGAGGUCGUCGCGAGAAGUCUCGCUUAGUUCUCCUUAAAGACUAUAUCACGUACAAUGCUCAAGUAGACCCCUCUCACGCUCUCCCCUCCUCGUCGUCCUCGUCUACAGUCCAAGGUAACUCAUUCUUCCCUAUCUUUGAUUUUGUGUCGGAUGGGCAAUUUUCUCCAGGACACCGUGCUUACUUGGCGACGAUCACGAAGGAGGUCAUUCCCAAACACUUUAAAGAAGCGGUGACACAGAAAGUUUGGGAUGAUGCGAUGGUUACGGAGGUAGUGGCUCUUGAGAAGAAACGAACAUGGGAUAUUCUGGAUUUACCUGAAGACAAAGAAGCCAUUGGGAGUCAUUGGUUCUCGCUAGCGCGCAGAACGAAGCUUCGGAAGUUUGGCCGCGCGCGGAGGAGUUCCCGACGUCCAAAAGUUACGAUCUUGAUAUGGAAAGAUAGAUACUUGAGUCAUGCAUCACGUCGAAGUGGAAUGAAGCCAUUUGGAUCAACUAUGAGGCCUAGACUUAUUUUCUACCGAGACAUGUCCGGUAAGCGAGCAAACGAAGCCCAUGGAGGAUUUGGAGUGUCUAAUGGCCCGAGCAGCAGCGCCAAAGGCCUUGAUCGAAUAGAGAAGAGGCCUGGCUAA